AUGAGCUCGAGUACUUCCGAUAAGGAGAGGUUAGUUGUAAGCGACAAGUGCGCUUGUGGAAGCGAAAAUUGUUGGAUUACUCAAUUGAGUCACCUUGACCGAGAAGUUUUGCCUGAUAUAAGGGUUGCGCGUUGCGGACGUUGUGAACCCUGUUUGAUGAAAUAUAACAUUAUUUUGCAUGGGACGUCAACCCCUGAAAAUUCCAGCGACGUAAAGAGAGAGACUACUAAAACGAAAGAAGUUUCUAUGGGAUCUGAAGAUAUCAAAGUUGAGACUCCUAUCUCGAGUUCUAACAGUAUCGAUAGCCAGAUUGUAGCGUUGUGUGAUUACGUACCUACCAGUACAACCCAAAACACCGAGAAGGGAAACCGAUCUUCUACUGAUAGGUUGUGGGCUAAGGAAGUUAGCAAAACUGGUUCAGCUACAAGUGACAUUGCAAAUAGCCCAUUGUUUGGAUUUGAUCAAUUGAAUAGUUUGGGGGUGGAUAGAGUAGACACUGUCGAUGGCCUGAGUAACCACCCCACGGAAUAUAUUGAAAAGGACAAGUCAAAAACAGUUGAACCUGCUGCUGUCAAAUUACCGGUAACUCGAGCAGCCGAAUCUGCCGUGAGAAGUGAAGGUAUUGAGGUUAAGCUAAGACCAUUUACAGUGACCACGGUCGAUCUUGAUAGCGGUACUGUGACAGUUGCCGAAACUACAAAAGUUGAAAUGAGGACGGCUGCGCAAGACAUCUCUGGAUGUAAUACGCUACAGGGAAGCAUGGAUGGUGUACCUGAUAAUACCCCGCAUUCGAGCCAAUUAGAAGAACAUGCUACCCCCCGGCGGAAGAUGACAGUUCGUACGAAGAUCUAUGGGCCACGAAACACCCUUAAAAACAAUCUAUGCUGUCCAUCAAACAACACUCUAGGUACAAGCAAGAAUACAGCACGGUCUACGGGAUACUCAUAUAACAUCAAAGUUUCCACCCGUAAUUCACCACUACGUUGUCGACUUCCGGAUUCUCCUAGGGCCAAGGUUGACACUGGGCUUUCUCGUGGUUCCAGUUACUCGGGUUCCAAAAGCAUAACCUCGAAAACUAAACAACGGUCGAGAGAAAGUAUGAGUAGCGGUUCCGUUGAUGGGUCUUCGUCUAAAUCGGGCUUUCAACCACCCCGACGUAGCCGACUGUCAAAUCAACAAUUGUACCGAUCAUCAAAUUCUAAGGGAUCUAAUGCAUCAGAAGAAAGGCCUCCAUGGUAUCCGAUGCGGUCUACGAACCGUUGGGAUCACUAUGAAGUUCAGGAGACACCCGUUGUUACUGGAGGUGGUCAACGUACGAAAGGCUCAAAGACGAAGUCAAAAUCAUCCCCCAAAGUUCGAACUGUCAAUGUGCCACCACUUAUCAUUGAACCUGUUUACGACAUUAGUGGAUUGGCGAACCAAACACGAAAGAGCGGCAAGAAGAAAGGUAGACAGAGCGGACAACGAUUAGAUGGAAAAACUAGCGAGCAAUUGGGUGGUUUAGAAUUAGGAAACCCUGUGUACUGUUCAUUCCGCGGUAUUGUCCUACCACGAAGUAUCCAACGCGAUCCCGCAACUACACGCCGAGUGGUUACGUUGGGGAGCGGCAAAGCCAACACGUAUGCGUGUUGUACGGAUGAGAGAUGCGAGGAACAACAUUUCCAGUACGACAGCGACGAUACAUGCUAUGUGUCGGAGGAUUGUGAUUAUUGUGGCUGUGUAGACGUAUCACCAUGUAGUUGUGGAAGUGGAACUUUGGGAGGGGCGGAGUGUGGUCAUGAACUGCAAAACGACCAUCUGAAUUUCCCUCAACAUACUGUACAAUGCAUAGAUCCCCGAUCUAUGUGUUAUGAGUGCACAUGUUCACCUAACUGCAAAAGUGUGGUAGAGUGCGAGGUGGACACAUACGGAAACUCCCACAGCAUCACAACCCAUGUUUGUGAAUACUGCAGCACGCAACCUGACGGCACAGUUUGUCCUACAUCUACGUUCUACAGUUCAUUGACACCUCCACGCACUGGCUAUAGACGUGCAACUCCUGCAACCACAGAUGCUCGCCCCUAUGUCGUUUACCGUUCUGGGAGACAGGGGGCGAUCUACAACGGUUAUUAG